CACCGCCGGUGGCAGCGGGGGGGGGUGCCAGCCCGGCUCUGGGCGUCUGCAACCGGCAGCGGGACCGCGACGGAGCCGCCGGUACCGGCUCUUCAACGCCGGUACCGCCACCGGUACCGGCAGCGCUCCGGCCCGGCUAUCCCGGCAGCGGCAUCAGUCCCUGGAUCCCGGCACCAGGACCGACCGGCCUCGCUGGCACCGGCACCGUCACUGCCGCGGGCACUGGCUCUUCUUCCCCGGCACAAGGUCCGGUGUCUCCGGCACCGGGACUGACCCCUCGUUAUCCUCCCCUGGCACUGGGACCACUCCGAUUCCCCGGCAUUGCUCGUCCUUCUCCUCCACCGGGACCGACCGACCCUUCCCGGCUCCCCGGGCCCCCCGCCUGCCGCAGAGAUCAGCACCGCAAAUCCCUGCUCGGGGAGUUUAUCCAAAACCUCUCGGGUGAGUCCCCGGGCUUAGGCUCUGCUGGAAGCGGCGCCUUCCUUGGUGCAAGAGGAAAAGAUCUCGGUGCCUUUUGGACAAAACGCGGCUCUGGCUCUGCUGCCCCGGCCCGGCGGGGGAUGGAUCCCCGCUCCCAAAUGCCAAAGGACGCGGCCGGCGGCCCGGAGCUGCCCCGGGGCUGCGGGACCCCGGCGUAGGGCCGCUGCCCUCUGGGUGCUGCCGUUUUGAAUUAGCUUUUAAAACCCACGAGUACGAGAGCGGUGGGAACGGAGAGCUGGGCACGGUGGAGUGAGCACAAGGAGCACUGAGGCCAGCACUGGGGAGACACUGUCCCCUGAGCUGGCAGGGACACGGAGCAGGGACCGGCCAGGACCCUCCAGGGAUCAGCCCAGGGGCGUUCUGUGCCGUCGGCGAUGCGAGCGAUGGCAGACCAGGCUGCGGCGGCAGCAGACGCCUCUCCAGCCCUGGCACCGUGCCCGGGCUCACCUCGGCGUGGCGACAUCGAGGGACCGACGCCCCACGCCGGCGGCACCAGGGAGGACGGAGGCGGCCGGGAUGGCUGCGGGCUCCUUCCCUCGGCGGACGGGGACACGAAACGUCCCCCCUCGCCCCAGCCCGGCGGGAUGCUCCUGGCCGACCUCCCGCGGGCCCCCCAGCCCCGGCUGAGCCCGGCCAAGUCGCGCACGGCUCCGCCGUCGCCCAGCGUGUCGCCGUCGGAGAGCCGAGCCGCGCUGCUCCGGCUGCGCGACGCCAGGCUGGAGGACACGAGAAGGCGGCUGUCGGAGGCCGUGCAGGAGCCCCUGAGCCGCCUGAGCCGCCUGAUGGCCGAGGACAGCAGCCCCCCGGGCCGGGCCAAGGAGCCGGGGGGCAGCCCCGGGGGCGGCCGCGGGGCCGGGAGCCGCCGGCUGCGGGACUGGACGCCCUGGGAGCCCACCCUGAACUGCCGCUACGAGAUCUGCUCCUACGGGGACGUGAUCCAGGUGGUGGAGGUGGCGCAGAGGGACACGGACCCGCCGCUCCCGGCGCCCGAGGAGCCUCCGGCGGCGCGGUCCGGGGGCUCGGUGCCGGGCAGAGCGCUCGCCGGCAUCGCCCUCCUUGCCUACGGCUACCUGGUGCUGCCGCUGCCGCCCUACGCCGCCGGGCUCUGCGUGGGGCUGCUCUGCGGGCUGCUGCUGGGCUUCCUCGCCAUCCUCCUCCUCGUGCCCAAGGCCCCGCCGGCCGCUCGGGGACCCUGGGGCCGCCUGCGCCCCAAGCUGCUCCCGGGGGAGCCGCGGGAAGCCCCCCACCUCCAGGGCUGGAUGAACCAGCUGCACGUGUACGACCCCGAGCUGUUCCACCCGUCGCUCACGCACUCGGUGCUCGCCGUGCUGGACGGGGCCACCCUCAAGCUGUCCUACCCCAAGAGCAACAUCCCGCGCCGAGCCACCUUCGAGGAGGAGAUCCUGGACGCCGUUUUCGUCAGCCACCGCUACUACGACCUGACGGAUGCCAAGGUCUUCCUGUGCCCCCCCAGCCUGGCCCGAAAGCGGACGUGGAACAAGAAAUAUCCCAUCUGCGUGCUGCUCCCCGAGCCGGCCGAGGGAGAGGGCGGCGAGCAGCGGGACACGGAGCCGCAGGGGGAGGAGGGGAGCAGGAAGGUGCCGGUGGCCGGGCAGGACACCCCGGGGGACGGCAGGGACAGGUGCCUGUACCUGUUUGGGCGGACGGGGCGGGAGAAGGAGGAGUGGUACCAGCACCUCGUGCAAGCCUCCCGUGGGACAGCCAGCAGCCACGGUGACACCAGGGCAGGCACUGGAUGGACCCCGCAGAGCAGCGGCAGCAGCAGCGGGGGCAGUGCCGAGGACAUCCCAUCCACAGAUCCCUCCAGGGAUGUGUCAGGGAGCACUGAGGAGAUUUACCUGGACUACAGCACCUACAUGGCCCGCUUUGUGCCAGCACAGGGGGCAGCCAGCCCGGAGAGGAGCCCCUCUCACGGAGCUUUGGGCAGCCCCACGCCCACAAAGGGGCUGGUGGCUGCUGUCCCCUCCCAGGAGGACACAGCCAGCAUGGCCUGGAUGAACGCGCUGGUGGCACGCAUCUUCUGGGACUUCCUGCGGGAGCAAUACUGGGCAGAGCAGGUGUCCAACAAGAUCCAGAAGAAGCUGAGCAAGAUCAAGCUCCCGUAUUUCAUGAACGAGCUGACGCUGACAGAGCUGGACAUGGGCACAUCCAUCCCUUCAGUGCUCAGUGCCUCCAACCCCACCAUCAAUGAGCGAGGGCUCUGGGUGGACAUGGAGGUCACCUACAGCGGCUCCUUGCAGAUGACACUGGAGACAAAGAUGAACCUCAGCAAGCUGGGGAAGGAGAGCUCUUCAGAGGAGAGCGGCCCUGCAGAGGCAGGCAGAGAGGGGGCCAGGCCACGGCUGAUCCUGCUGGCAGACAGCGACGCCGAGUCGUCCAGCGCCGGCUCCUCCGACGAGGAAGAUGCCCCCAGUGCAGAGCCCGUGGGUCCGGGGGAGCGGCUCCCCCCGCCCGGCACCGAGGGGCACGUCAGCGGGAACAGCACGAGCAGGAAGAUCCUGCGCUUCGUGGAUAAGAUCGCCAAGUCCAAGUACUUCCAGAAGGCCACGGAGAACGAGUUCAUCAAGAAGAAGAUGGAGGAGGUGUCCAACACGCCGCUGCUGCUGACGGUGGAGGUGCAGGAGCUGGCAGGAACCCUGGCCGUGAACAUCCCCCCGCCACCCACCGACCGUGUCUGGUACAGCUUCCGAGUGCCCCCGCAGCUGGAGCUGAAGGUGCGCCCCAAGCUGGGCGAGCGGGAGGUGACAUUCCUGCAUGUCACCGAGUGGAUCGAGAAGAAGCUGAAGCACGAGUUCCAGAAAAUUUUGGUGAUGCCAAACAUGGACGAUCUCAUCAUUCCCAUCAUGCGCUCUGGCCUGGAUCCUUGGCCCCCCACCACGGGACUGCCUGGGGACCCGCCAGCCACGGGGGACAGGAGGCUCUGAAGCACAACCCCAGGGGCAGGGACACUGCCCAGAGCUCAGGGACCUCGCUGGGACACAGGACAGCCGGGCCUGGCCGCUGCCUGCACCCAGGGCUGUGCCUGGAUUCAUCCUCAUGCUCUGCUUGUGCAGAUGAGCCUCCUCAGAUCCUGCAAGCACACGUUCAGGGCACAGCCAGGCUGCUGGAGACCCAGGAAUUCCACGGCCACGCUCCAGGACUCCUGGCCAAGCAGGCAGCUCCGGGCAGUGGAGGGCUGGGCUUCCCACUGUCUGGUUCCAAAGAGGGUGCAGGACACCUGGAUCACGGCACUGAAGCAGUUGGGAUCAUUGCUGAUCCAAAAUUCCCAGCUCCAGGGCAUCCCCCCUCCCCGCAGGCAGCUGGGCUGCAAGGACAGCAUGGGUGGGAAAGGCUCCCAGGUGAAUAAAUCCA